AUGGAGUUGUUGGUGGAGGAGGUAGGGGAGAGCUCCUCGCCGCUGCCGCGGGCUUUUGGUGCCCUCAGUCCGCAUGGCAUUAAGAACGAUAUCUACAACAGGCUCGUGGAGAAUGGCUACGAGGAGGCUCUCUUCAAUCCGGACUUCAAGAAGCAGCUUGACGCCCAUUUCGACCGCCUGCCACAAAGGCGGGUUCCUUCCCCUUCAUCCUUGUUCUUCGCAUCCACGCCCUACUUUUUCCGUCCUCCCCUAAGUUGUAGUUUAUUGCCACGCGUAGCUAAGCCUGACUAUUUAUCUUUAAUGCGUUAGGUUUCCCACUUUUCUCGGAAAAAAUUAUCUGAGUUAUCUUUUGUUCCACAUAUCGACCAAACGUUAUUUACCACGUUCAUCAUCAAUUCUAAAUUCUUAUCUUCGCAGUUCGCUCAUGUUAUUUCUACACUUGAGGACAUCCUAUGCUAUUCUAAAAACAAACCGUGAGGCUCUAUCUUCUGUGUUUGGUUUCUUGUCACUUGUGCAUUCAGAGUCGGUGUUAAAUCACCCUGGGGAUUUGUAUAUUUCUGUUUGUAGUUGUAUCUGUUUUGAUAAAAAAUUGUCUUUGGGAUGAUGAUGAUUUCUUUUAAUCGGGAGGCUGACGUGCUUGUUCUUCGCGUACCUCUGCCAGUUACCUAUGGGAUGUGAACGUUGACAAAGCAGAAGAUGUUGUUUUACACCAAAAGAUUCUUGCCAAGGCCAUGGAUCCAGCAAAGUGUCCUGUUUUCCAUUGCCGCUUUAUACAGGUGCCACACAAAAUUCUUGUCUAUGUGACUAAUUUACUCUUUAGAAAAUAUGUCACUGCGUUUUUCUUGUCUGUCUUCACAUUUGCAUCCCUUUGAAAUGAGGUGUCACCUUGGAAUUUAGCCACUGUAACUGUAUUCUGGGGUUUUUUUUUGGCAAUACUUGUGAGGGAUGCGCCUCAAGGUGUGGCAUCCUGGUUCUACUACCAUGUUGUCUCCUAAAGUUAUAUGUUUGCAUGAUGUACAUAUGUCUGACAUCCUUCUUUUCUUACAGGAUGUUAUUCAAAUGCUUAGCAUAUCUGUUUUGAGUUAUUGGCUGCUUGUGUUUGUUCAAGUUGCUUUGUGUUUGAACACCUACAAUUUCCUACGUGAUAACCGUUGUUGUGGUUGUAGAAACUGCUCGUUGAAUUCGGUUCAUUUGAACAUGAGAGUUAUGUUAUAUUAUCUUUGUUUUCGAGGAUAUAAUUAUUCAUAGAUUGUCCUAAUAUUUAUGGAAUCCUCUUAGCUGAUGGAGUAGAAAUGGGAGAGUGCUUGUUGAUCUUUCAAGGAUACAGAGAUUUUAGAGAAAACUAUUCUUCCAUACUGUAUUUGAUAAGUUUAAAUGUUUAAAAUGUCUCGUUAAGGUGAAGCAUUUAUAUAAACCAUUUUGACAGUAUUUAUGAUAUGACAUUUUUAAUUGUCGUAUAUCAUUAAAACUACAAUACAUGUCCUGUAUUGUCUUGGAUUACGUAGUUUGAACACUGCAUCAUCAAUGACAUGAAGUUUCAACGCCCUUAAAAUAGAUUGAUUAAGCGAAUGGGAAGUUGUGGCUCAAGUGUCCUCCGACUCAAACCAUUUGGUCUUUCCUGGUCAAUUUUGUGGUUUUACUGGUUCUGGAGUUUCUAUCAAAAUAGAGAGUACAAAAUCAACCCAGAGUGAUUCUCAAUCUAUUUUUAGUUACAGAAAUAUAUUCUGCUAAAUUUGUGUUGUGCACUUGAGUCCUUGUGAUUCAUUUACUGCUCAGAUAUUUUGGAUACUGAACCAUAGCUGUCACCGGUGUACUUACUAUCAUUACCUAAUGAAGCAUAAAUUCUUCUGUGAGCAAUAUUUUUGCCACGAAGAUAUAAAAGCCUCUUAUGUAUGUGUGAUAAAAGUCAUUUGGCACUGCAGGUGAAGAGCAGAAAAUGUAGGAAGGGGCAUAUAGUUUUAUUGUUUCAUACACUUACGGACAAACAUGCCUGUCUGCCACCAUCAGUGAGAAGGAAGUUAAAGAACGUUACACACAUUUAUUUAUCCUGGUCAAGCUAAGUUGGAGAGUGGAUUGAAGUUAUGAAUAGAGAUCCGGAAGGAUUCCAGUUAGGGUAUGAGAACUGAAGAUAUGGUGGAGUUGGAUUAUUCGAACUGAAUGCAGUCAUUAGUGAUUGUUGCAUAUGAGAGGAACAUCGCAACUGAUGUUUCUCAAUGGUGAUUAGCUCUGUGUUUACAGCUUUGUUUUUCCUUUCCCACCAUAUCUGAAGGCCAAAUUAUACCCACAUAUCAAUUAUUUCGUAUCUUUAUUUUUUCUCCUUGGCGAGAUAUGGCUAUGAAUUCAUAUUGAAUUGCACCGUGAUUCUUGCCUUGCUUGCCUAAGAAACUUAGCUGAGCUGAGUUUCACAGGAGGGCAUAGUGGUUAGGUAGUAUAUUAUUCCCGGGUCAUUCUUUCUCUCUGUCACCAGUUUCCGACUAGUUUUAGAUGCUGUUUAUACUUUGUUCAGAAAAUAUUUGCAUUUAGCUGUGCAUGGUUCAUUUCAAUUCUCCAAAGAUUCUAGAAUUCUCUCGAGUGUGCAGUAUUUUUAAAAAUUGUUUUGAAAUUGGUGAAAAUGUGAAUACUGUCAGAUUGUGCAUUUUCAUCAUAGACUCGCCUGACAUGUGAAUGCUUAUCCAAGUGAGGGGCUUCUAGUUUGGCUUAGAACUACCUACUUAUGCAAGGAGGCCCCUUAUAAUUGUAGGUUUCCAAUAUGAUCCAUCUUUAAGACGUGUUAUCCAUUGAGUACUAGCCUUUUUUGUUUUCUUUUUUGGUGGGCCAAGCAUUAUGUUUCAGAUUUCUUCUUUUGUCAAUUGAUUUCUGUUAUGCUGAGUAGCAUAUUCAGACUAAAGCAGUUGGAAAUGAUGUACAACCUACGAAAGUGUCAUCUGCUUCAUGGGUUCGUGAUGUGACUGAACAAGAAGGGGAGGAGCCAUCAGACAUCAGGUUGCCCAUACUUUUAAACUUAUACAAUGCAGUUUACGUUUGUUGGGGGGUCCAGAUCUUUAAUCUUUGAUGGGAUGAAGUAAUUGGGUGCGAUUAAGAUGCUAAUCUUUAGUAGAUAAGCUAACUGCCCCCUGAGUUACAGUACAUUUCUGUUUGCCUGACAUAGUCUGCUCAUGCAUUGGCAAAGGUUUCCUUGAUUGAUUAUUGAUAGUGUUUCUUUUAGUAGAAAAAGGAAUUGUGAGAUUGACUUUGAACCUUGCUCGAAGCUUGAGGACUUGAAUCUAGAUGUUAAAAGAGGUGGUGAAGAUAAUGAAGAUAGAGGAUAUCUUACUGAGGCCUCGUCCACAAGGUACCUUUUUUCCUACAAUAGCAUGACUCUUGCACUGAGAAUUUUCCCGACUGCUAUGAUAUUUGUAAGCAUCCCAACCUGUAGAAGAAAAAUGAAAGCACCACCGUUUUGGUGUGUUAUGUGCAAUCUUGCCCGGUUGAUCGUUGGCAUACUUUCUCGUAUCAUAACUUCAUGAACAGCUAAACUAGAAAAAAAAAUCAGGACGACGAGGUUACUUAACCUAGCACUCUGCAACUAUAGUUCGAGAAAGCUGCCGAGUAGAUGUUGUUUGUCAUUAUUAUAGUUGUUUUCGCAUUAUUUACAUCAGACAGAUGUUCCUAAUUUUUGGAGUGCGAACUAUCAGACUUACAUGUACCAAAAGAUGAUUAUGUAGAGAUACCAGCAUAGUUAACUUAUGGCAAUGCCUUUUCUUUCUUUGAAAAGUGGUCAGAGGUUGUUAAAUACUCGAUAAUCUUGUGAGAUUUAUCAAAAGUGUGAGAUUUCUUUCUAUGUUUUCAAUUCUGAUUUAUGAUAAGUUUAGCUGAGACAACUCUUAUUUAUUGUGCAGGCAGAUACAAAUUCCAGUACACGAAGUAAUAUUUUCUACAGUUGACAAACCAAAGCUUCUUUCCCAGGUAGAAAUUGGGAUUAUAUUAUAGGGUUUAAUUUUACAAAGCUUAAUAUUUUUUAGCGGUUAUAUUACCCGUGUUUACCUAUAGAGUGAAAACAUUGUAAAGGUGACAAAUUCAUUUUGCUUCAUAAUAGCAUUUAGUUUGCCGAUGUUCUUUUUCGUAGGUUUCAUGUUAUUGCUAAUGGGACUAAUUCCGACAUGUUCUUUCAGCUCUCAGCAUUACUGUCUGACGUAGGAUUAAACAUUCGGGAGGCUCAUGUGUUUUCAACAGUGGAUGGCUACUCACUCGAUGUAUUUGUUGUUGAUGGAUGGGAUGUUGAGGUGAGUUAUGCGUGAAAUGUGAGGUGGAAUAUGAUAUGAUUAGUUCUUUGAUGGUAAAUUUGUUUCCUAUGAUGUAAUCGUUUGCUGUUAGAGUUAUCUUAAAUUUUAACGCUUCAUUAGUUCUGAUAUAUAGUGAGGAGAAAUAUAGUUCCGAGAUAAACUAAACGUUCUUAAUGGACUCCGUCUUCUCUUCCAAAAGUUUCAUCUAAUACAAUAACUGAUGCCUUAAUGCUAUGCGUUUUAAAAUUUUCUUAAUAUUUCAAUACCUAAUGGAUGCGGCUUUUGGGUGAUGCAUGGUUUAGUAGAGGAACAUUGUGAUUUCCAUGUUUAGUAGAGUAAUUUUCUUAAAAUUACUGGAACUUUUGCUGAGCCUGAAUGUUUCUCAUUUCCAUUUUUUAUGCUCAGGAAACAGAUGAUUUGGAUAAGGCUCUGGAGAAAGCAAUUUCGCGAAGUGAGGUAAUAAAUAAUACAUUAUUUUCUUUUUCACACUUUCCUUGUAUUUCCUAUUUACGAGUCAAUUAACGUUUCUUUUGAUGUAUAGCCUUCACAUGCGUAAUGCAUGCUCAUGACGUGCUCCCUAUAUUUGCAUUUUUCUCCACAUUCAUGAGAUUGGAUCCAACCAUUUACUAAUGAUUGCUGGUGAUGAAAGUGCAUUAGCAGUAUAUAGAUAUCCAUUUCAUUUUCUUUGGCCUUUAAUCAGCUGAAAGAGUAGGCAUCUCAUGACCAGAAAUAACAGUGGAGUAGAAAAUGGAAAACCAUGCAAUCAGGAGCUAGUCUAAAUAAUGUAAAAUAGGAAGUUUAAAUCCUUUAUCUAUAUCUGCCAUAUGGAUGCCUUUUCAUAAUAUAUAUAUAUUUUGUAUACAUAUAUCUAUUAUUAUAUUCAUACUGAUGAUCAUGAUAUUUAUUUUAGUCAUUUAUAUUUUUUUAUAGGAAUGAUCUUAUAUUUCUCCGUAAAUUUAAUUGUGGCAUUUGAAACAGAUCUGCAAGUAGUUGUCUUGUCUGAUCUUAAGCAUGAGCUUUCUUUUUCUUCGAAAAAUAGGCCACGUGCAUCUGAAAGUUUAUUUAAAAUAAUAUAACGCAUACUUUAAGAGGUCAAGGGAAGAGAACGCUAAAUUUAUUCAUAGGCUGUCUCUUGUUAUCUACUAGAGAAUGUGAUGAGAUAUUGGUAAGAAAUGUGGUAGUAACUAGCUGGAUAGUAAAAGAGUUUGAGAUCUAGAUAAAUUUAAAAAAAAAGGGUGAAAGAAGGGAGCUAUAUGUAAACGAUAGAAGAAUUUAAUAGGAAUUGACGGAAGAUGUAAGAGUAUAUUACAUAAUGUUACUUUUACCACUGACAUUGUAUCGUCAAAUGUAGCGUUCGUUUACCGGUCCAUCUCACUCAAUGCUGGAGAAGGUGCCCACUAUCCAUCCAGAAGAUGGAGCUUGGGAGAUUGACAGAAGAUUGUUGAAGAUUGGGGAGAAGAUUGGAUCUGGAUAUUGUGGAGAUUUGUAAGUCAGCAGCCACGUGGUUUUUUUCUCUCAUCCAUCUGGAGUUGCUGGUAGUUAUAUAUAUAUAUUUUUUUGAUAUACAGAUACCGUGGAGUUUACCUGGGCGAUGAAGUUGCUGUUAAAAUUCUUAAAUCUGAACAUAUAAAUCAUGCAUCAAAAGUCGAAUUCAACCAGGAAGUCAGCAUUCUAAGGUGGAUAAUAAUUUUAUCAGCAUAUAACUCUGCUCGUCAUUUGGUAGUCACCGUAGUGUGGAUGAAAAAUUCAUCUUAUUGAGAUUCACUUCUAUGAUAACAUCAUAACUUUAACAGGAAUCAGUCAUACUAUUGGACGUUUCAUUCUAAUAUUUGCUUUGUCAAAAGGAUAACAGACUAAUUUUUCUUUGUAAUUUAUUGCCUUUCGUGCCAUUACCAGGGAAGUUCAGCAUAGGAAUGUUGUUCGUUUCAUUGGUGCAUGCACAAAUCCACCAAAUUUAUGUAUAGUUACAGGUACGCUACUAAUUUUCGGAGUAAUGUUUUACGAUGAGGAAAUGAUACCCUUGCUUAGAUAUUAUGUUGAAGGACGUGUUGAUGGAGAAAUGUCAUAACAUUUGUUCUUCUACGCAUGGCAUUCCAAAUAUUAUGAUCCAUAAAUUUCCUAGUAGAGUCGAUUUUUGGGUUUGGGGGAAGAAGGUGCUUUAAAAUCUCAGAAGUCUGUGGAGGAUGCAUUGACGUAGAGCCUCAUCUAAGAUGAUCAUAAAGUUCGUAGACUAAAACUCAGCCCAAUACUCCACGGAAUGAUUUUCCCUGAUGAACAGGAAUGAUACGAUACAAUUGGCAGAUGCGUAUAUCUUUCAAGUCCAAAAUGUAAUGAGAGACACUAAAUCAUGGAGAAUGAAAUGUUCAGCUGAAUGAAAGAUGCAUGCCAGUUUCCUCGUCAGUUGUCCCACCUCAUCUCGAAAGUCUAACUUUAGGUGCUUACCUCAGAAUGUGGCAAUUGUAUAACCAAUGAUGGAAGUAGCGUUGGUUAGCAGAGAGGAAAAGAAAACCCAACAGAUCAAUUGAGGAAUGUCUGCCCAGAAAGCAGUUCGGUUUGCUUUGGUCAAUCGAAUGUUCAUUUCAUAUCGGCAUGAUGGGUACAAGUUCCAUGCCUAUGUUUCUUGGUCGUCUGACCUUGUGAUAUCUUUGAAUUUUUAGUUGUACUAUUUCCUUGAGUGGUAAGGACUGCAGAACCCCGUUCAAGGUUUUUUUACGAUGGUUAACAUGAAUAUCGUAUUCACUAAAAUACCAGGAUGAAACGUUUUUCCUUGUCUGGAGUCCACAGGACGUUCAUUCUUUUGGUUAGUCAACUUCAUUCUUGGCUGACUGGGCAUGACUUGCUUCAAGUCAGUAAACUAAAAAGCUGCCUAUAGUUUUGCAAAUAAAUGGGGUUUAAUGGUUUUGUUCCUGUGACUUGUUUAAUUGUUUUGUUGAAUGUUAUCUCAUCUUAAAUUCAACAUGAAGAGUGUGCUUGAGGGAAUUAAAAUUCCUUUCAUGGUAUAUUCCACUAUUCGUUUUUUAUCGACACAAUGGAUUGAUGGAUUAUAUUGGGAUUUUCUUGCAGAAUAUAUGCCUGGAGGGAAUCUUUAUGAUUUCUUACACAAGCAUAAUAAUGUUCCGGAGCUUCCCUUGUUGCUGAAGUUUUCAAUAGAUAUCUCAAAGGGAAUGGACUAUUUGCACCAAAACAACAUAAUUCAUAGAGAUUUAAAGUCAGCUAAUCUCUUGUUGGACGUCGAUAAUGUAUGUAGCUUCUUCUGACUUCUGAACUGUGAUUCAAUUUCUUCAAAUUCCUCUUAUUGUUCUAGUUACUUUAUCAAAUGAUUUUUUAACUUUUCAUGCCUUGAUUAUUACAUUUGUGCUGGUCUUGGUGAUAUUAUGAAUAAUGUGUUUUAGGAAACUCGACAGCAAUUUUCUGUUUGAACUGAAAGAUGGACUUAUCUUAGUGACAGCUAAUUUUACCAUAAUAUUCUAAUUCUUCAGAUACUUUCCCUCUUUAUUUUUUAUUCUAUUUUUUUCCCUUUCUAUUGUGUUUUGUGGGGGUUGAGGGAGAGGGCCACAUCCCUGAAUGCUAAACUAAACCGGUCAAAUCUGCGGUUGACCAAUUUAUUGGCUGAAUUUACCUGAUCUCCUGGUGAUAUUGACCGAUUUUCUGGCCAAUAUAAAAAAACUGCUUGCUAGUCCCGGCAGAGUAGCAAACCAAGAUUAAAACAAUAUUAUUAUUAUUUUUAUUGGUGAAGAAAUGUUUUCGCUAGAGCACAAUACGAAUGAUCAUUGUGUCAUAACUAGGAUACGUGAUACUGAAUAGCACAGAUUAGACUACACCAGGACUCCGAAUUGACAAUGUAUUUUUCUAGCAUAGAGAUUGUGGUCGAUCUGAAAAUCUUGACUUGUCUCUCGCGGUUCUGUUCUCCAUCUUUUCUCUAGGUUGUGAAGGUCGCCGAUUUUGGUGUAGCACGUUUCAAACAUCAGGGGGGAAUAAUGACGGCGGAGACUGGAACGUACAGAUGGAUGGCACCCGAGGUUGUAUUCCUGCUUGCUUGUGGAGCGGACGAGAAAAUAAUAAUAAUUAAAUAUUAUAUAUAUAUAUAUAAUGGAUUAUUCAAAAUUAUCUUGCCUUUCUGAACCAUUCUUCAUUCUUUUGAAGGUGAUAAACCAUCAAGCUUACGACCAUAAAGCUGAUGUGUACAGUUUCGCUAUCGUUCUUUGGGAAUUAGCAACAUCCAAGGUAUGGAAUAGCCCUGCAUCUCAGGAAGGCAAUAAAGCUGUCUCUUCGUCACUGGGUUGACCCGAUUCUUCCAACUAUAUUUAUGUUGCAUCUAGCUUUGACAUUUUUCCAUCGGUCCGCGUUAGUUCUUUCCUGGGACACCAAGUGAUGAGCGGAUGUGGAAUUUGGUUUUGUGAUGCAGAUUCCCUAUGAGAAGUCAACCCCUGUACAGGCUGCCCUCGGAGUGAGGAAGGUCUGCUUCUUUCUUGCACAUAAGAUUCUUUCUAUAAAUAGCAUGUGCAUCGUUUUGACUGAUGCAUAAUAUUUCCCCGAUCAACGUUUUGAAUCCUUUUUUUUUUUUUUUUAAUUCUUUUGGUUGUUCUUGUUUUCUCAGGGCGUACGGCCGGAACUUCCGCAGAACAUGCACCCGGGCCUACUGAACUUGAUGCAGAGAUGCUGGGAUGGCAAUCCAAGCAAGCGGCCAUCAUUCUCCGAGAUCACUUGUGAGCUCGAGGAGUUGCUGACGCAAGUUCAGGUAAAUAUCUCUCCUCACCAAGAUGCAGUUCACCGAGAUCUCAACCUCUGCAUAAAAUCGUUUAAAAUCUCCGUUGACCAUUGAAACUUAUUAAUUUUAAAAUAAGAUAGAAAACAAUCACUCCAAAUACCUUGGCUGUUCUUGGUAUGAUUUUUUGAACAUUAUUUUCUAAUACAUGGCUUAAGGCUGUCGAAUGGGCCAGACCGGAGGAGGGAGAGCAUGGGUGCUUCCUAUCCAUAGUCAACUCGAUUUUGGCUUUGGCAGGCCGACUCUUCUCCGUUAAUUAUCAAAGUCUGUGUAUUUAAAGUAAGUAAGUGGUGGAAUCUCUCCUCACCUUGGUUGCAUAUCUCUUGCCACCAGCACAGAGAGAGAGAGAGGUGAAGCUACUGAAGAAGUGA